AUGCCCGAUGACGAUCAACCAGCCUGCUUUAUUUAUAUGGCGCGCGAGUUGGUUGGUAAAGAGAUGAUUGAUGAAACCGCCAUGAUCCGGUUUGCGCUGACUGUUCGCAAAAACUACCGAAAUGUGACUUACCAUAACUGGUUCCACGCCUUCUCGGUGGCGCAUGCGACUUUCGUGACUGUCAAUAGAGAAGAUGCAAAAUUUUCGAAAUUGGAGAAGUUUUGCCUCCUGGUGGCUUCCCUCUGCCAUGAUCUGGAUCACCGGGGACGUGACAACAGCUAUCUGCGCAAAAAUCACACACCCCUGGCUUCGCUCUACACCAGCUCUCCACUUGAGCAUCAUCAUUUUAACAUGGCCGUAACGAUACUCCAGGCAAGUCCCUACACUUCUUUCUUUAAAUUUUCAAAUGUACUCAGCUUAAACAACCUGGAAACCAAAUCUUCGUUGCGUUUCACGACGCCGUCUAUCUAG